UUCUUCUCGUUGAACAUUAUCUUUCAACUUUCGCUCUGUACUGUACAGUGGAGUGGAGGUCUUGCUUUUACAGAAUUUGCGUGGAAAUUCCAUUGAAGUGGGACAACAUUUAAUAGCUAGACAUCAGCAGCCUGACGUGUGGAAGCCAUGGAGUUUGGUGGUAAUUAUGUGUACGUAGGUGGUGGCGGUGAGGAAGAUACAGAGUUGGUUACAGAUCAGGAUCACAAGGAACUUGUACCAACAGCACCACAGGGGGAUCAGGACUCGGGGGAUACAUGCCUGUUGGACAUCCUGGACACAGCUGGUCAGGAGGAGUACUCCACUACUAGGGAUCAGUACACACGCACUGGCGACGCCUUCCUACUGGUGUAUAGUAUCACUGACAAGUACAGCUUGGAGGAGGCGGAGGCGAUCUACGACAUGAUGCUAAAGAUCAAAGGAGAAACCCGUGUGCCAGCGGUACUGUGUGGCAAUAAAGUUGACUUGGACGCUACACGUGUGGUCACGCAUGAUGAAGGCAAAGCAUUGGCACAGAAACUAGGCAUUCCUUUCAUGGAGACAUCGGCCAAAGAUGGGACCAAUAUCUGUGAGGUUUUUGAGACACUGGUGAUGGAAGUUCCUAGAUUGGAGCCGUCGUACAAGGUGGUCAUCUUAGGGAGUGGAGCAGUCGGCAAGUCUGCUGUCACUGUGCGAUAUACCACCAACACCUUUGUGGAUUGUUACGACCCAACCAUCGAAGACUCGUAUAGAAAGAACGUCCACAUCAAAGGCCUCAGAGAAAAACACAGGAAAGCAGGAACUGAUAAAAAGUCACAGUCAACUUCAGAGAGAUCACAGUCUGCCACUUCGGAAGUAGCACAAGCUGGGGGAACUGAGAGACCACAAUCUGCCAGCAGUAAAGGAGAAGAUACUGGAAUAUUUGCUCAAAUGAGGCGUCUGCUCAGCUUCAAGAAAUCUGGCUCUGCCGAGCAACAAAGGCCGACAUCAGCUCCUGUUGGACGGGCCCCUCCCCCUCCUCCUCCUCUCCCUCCCUCAGUUACUACCAAAACGUCCAAGAAAUAUGAAAAAGCAACCAGCAAUGUGGUGCUUGUAUCGCUCAAGACACUGGAUGACCCUCUGGCCACCGCGACAGGCGACCCUGUGCGGUGUGGGAACUGUGAUGCUGUCCUGUCGUCAAUCUCAAACACAGUACAGGAGGCAGAAAACCUCAAUUGGAAUUGCGAAUUUUGCCAGAAAGAAAACAUUCUGCCAAACACUAAGAAAGAUGAGAUUCCGUGUGAGGCCAUUAUUGACUACAUCAUGUCCCCGCCCGCACCGUCCGACACCGAGGCCGGGCAGCAGGCUGGAGCAACAGGGACCGAGAAGGACAAACUAAACUUGGGAAAAGGAUACACUAUUUACUGUAUUGAUAUCAGUGGCUCUAUGGGCUACAGCACCAAGCUACCAGAACUGCAAGUUGCAUGGAAGAAAGCCAGAGACAGGUCAUCUAAUUUUGACACUCAAGUUACGAGAUUGGCUGCCAUUAAGGAAGCACUUAAAAGACAACUUGAGCGACUGAAGCUGGAAAAUCCAGACAGGAGAGUGAUCCUGGUACAAUUUGCUAACGACGUGACCAUUAUAGGUGACGGUGCUCAGGAACCAUUUCUGGUCGACAGUCACAUCAAAGACUCGUUUGACGGCCUUGUAGCGUGUGGUAAACAAUAUGCACAGCAGAUGGACACCCGUACAUUAGAGGAAAGUUAUGAUGAUAUUACAGCAAAGAUCACAGACAUGCAUACCAGGGAUUGCACUGCCCUCGGACCAGCACUGGCCACAGCCAUUGGUAUGGUGACUGGAACCAAGGGUUCAGAGGUCAUCUUGUGUACAGACGGAGCUCCAAACUCUGGUAUUGGUAGACUCCACAGCAGUGAUACCACCUGUAAGGACUACUUCACCAUGGUGGGUAACUAUGCCAAAGAAAAUGGAAUAGUGGUGUCCAUCUUGGCCGUGGAAGGGGAACCUGUCGGACUUGAGAAUGUAUCUCCAUGCGCUAAUAUUUCUGGGGGUGAUGUUGAUGUCCUGGCUCCUCUAGAGAUCAUGCGACAGUUGCGACUGAUUUCUCAAAACUACAUUGUGGCGACAAAUGUGUGUUUGGUGUUCCAACUUCACCCGGAGCUAGAGGUGGAUGACGAAGACUUCCCAAAAGGCAGCAGCCAGAUUGUUAAAGAGGUAGGAAAUGCUACCCGAGACACUGAUGUUACGUUCUUUUUCAAACGGAGAAAUAACAACAAGGAUUUGGAUGUGGAACGUCUCCCCUUUCAGGUUCGUGUGAGCUUUACAAUGAAAGAUGGACGUAAAAUGAUGAGAAUCAUUAGCAAAUCUAUGGACGUCACAAAAGACCGAGCUAAGAUGGAGGAGGGGAUGAAUGUUGCUGUAGUGGGUUUGGCCACAGCACAGCAGACUGCAGACUUGGCUUCAAAGGGCAAGGUCGAAAUGGCACGAAAUAAACUGACCUCAGUGAACCGCAUGCUAAACAAUGCAUGUAAUACAGAUGAACAAAAAGAGGAGAGAUACACCUUCAGGGCGGAAUGUGCAGAACUCCACCAGAAUCUCAAUGACCGACUUAGCUCUAACCGAUACUCGGCAAGAGAUUCUGACAACUCCUCCAGGGUGUACAGCAAGAUGAUGAAACAUUCUUCUGCGAGGUUCACAGGAGCUUCCAACUGCAAAAAGAGCAAUAUCGCCAGUAAGAGGCAGACAACAGACAGCGAAGUCCGUCAGCAAUACUACGGCUACAUGUCCUAGUGUUGUCCCAGGUCAACAGAUAGCGAUGUCUGUCAACAAUACUACGACUACAUUUCCUAGUGUUGUCCCAGGUCAACAGACAGCGAUGUCUGUCAACAAUACUAUGACUACAUGUCUUAUUAUUGUUGCAGUACAACAGACAAUGAUGUCCAUCAACAAUACUACGACUACAUGUCCUAGUGUUGUCGCAGGACAACAGACAGCGAAGUCCGUCAAUAAUACUAUGACCAUAUGUCCUAGUGUUGUCCCAGGUCAACAGACAGCGAUGUCUGUCAACAAUACUACGACUACAUAUCCUAGUGUUGUACCAGGACAACAGACAGCGAUGUCUGUCAACAAUACUACGACUACAUGUCCUAGUGUUGUCCCAGGUCAACAGACAGCGAUGUCUGUCAACAAUACUAUGACUACAUGUCCUAGUGUUGUCCCAGGUCAACAUAUAGCGAUGUCUGUCAACAAUACUACGAAUACAUGUCCUAGUGUUGUCCCAGGACAACAGACAGUGAUGUCUGUCAACAAUACUACGAAUACAUGUCCUAGUGUUGUCCCAGGACAACAGACAAUGAUGUCUCAAUGGUCAACAAAAGUAAAAUGCUUAGGAAGUGAUGUCCUCAAACGACCCUUUCAGCAACGAUGUCUAUGGUAAAAAAUAGAAAUACGAAUUCUCAGACAAGAUUGUCCUUGGUGUUUUAAACACCUUACUUGUUAUACCAUUCUUCGCGUUGAAUAGAAAAUUACAUGCAUUUU